CAAAAUAAAACCACAAAAAUAAAAAUAUGGAGAUAAAGGAGACCAGAGUCCAGGGACCAGAGUCCAGGGACCAGAGUCCUGGGACCAGAGUCCAGGGACCAGAGUCCUGGGACCAGAGUCCAGGGACCAGAGUCCAGGGACCAGAGUCCAGGGACCAGGGACCAGAGUCCUGGGACCAGAGUCCAGGGACCAGGGACCAGAGUCCUGGGACCAGAGUCCAGAGUCCUGGGACCAGAGUCCAGAGUCCAGAGUCCUGGGACCAGAGUCCAGGGACCAGAGUCCAGAGUCCAGGGACCAGAGUCCAGGGACCAGAGUCCAGGGACCAGAGUCCAGAGUCCAGGGACCAGAGUCCAGAGUCCAGGGACCAGAGUCCUGGGACCAGAGUCCAGAGUCCAGAGUCCAGGGACCAGAGUCCAGAGUCCUGGGACCAGAGUCCAGGGACCAGAGUCCAGAGUCCAGAGUCCUGGGACCAGAGUCCUGGGACCAGAGUCCAGGGACCAGAGUCCAGAGUCCAGGGACCAGAGUCCUGGACUAUGAAGGGAGUUUCACCUGCUCAGGUUUGA